AUGGUUUUAAUCAGAGAAGGAUCUGAAAUCAUCGUUUUUCAGGAGUUUAACACAGAAACCCGGAACCUAUUGUGCGGCUCACUUUUCUAUACCGAGUGUUUUUCAUGUAACACAGCAGCGUUCAGAAAGAUGGCGGCUUCCAUGGAAAAGCUACAUGUGGAGAUUGAGCUAGACUCAGAAGAUGACAUGAGUGAGAACAGUGAGGAAAGAAGUGAAGAGGAAUCAGCUGAAGGAGGUGAUGAAGAAGGUGAGGAAGAGGAGUCAACUGAUGGAAGCGAUGAAGGAGGUGGUGAAGAAGAAAGGUCUGCUGCUGGAGGGUGUGAGGAAGAACAAAUGGAGAAUGAACAAAAUGGAGAGGAUGAGACGAAUCCCAAUGCUGGCUGGGCAGAAGUCAUGGCCAAAAUCCUGGGGAAGAAAACACCUGAGGACAAGCCCUGCAUCCUGCUAAAAAACAAACGACACAAGCUCAGUGCAAAGGAGAAAAAAGAAAAACUGGAGAAGAAGAAACAGGCAGAUAAAAAGAGAGCAUGGGAGAUGAUGUGUCGGGUGAAGCCAGAUGUAGUGCGGGACAAAGAGAAGGAGAGGAAUCUGCAGAGAAUUGCUACCAGAGGUGUAGUGCAGUUGUUUAAUGCAGUGCGUCAACACCAGAAGAGAGUGGACGAAAAGAUGAAGGAAGUCGGUGGAUCUGAGUGGAAGAAGACAAAGGUCCUUUCCUCAAUUUCAAAGAAAGACUUCAUUGAUGUAUUGAGAGGAAAUGCUGGGUGUAAAAUGGCAGCGAUGAAGACUGAAAAGUCAGCAUCUGAAGAGCAGAAAGAGGAGAAGCCAGAGUGGAGUGUCCUGAGGGACGAUUUCAUGAUGGGCUCAUCCAUGAAGGACUGGGAUAAGGAGAGCGAUGCAGAGGAGAGACAUAAGGAGCCAGAGGAUGCAGAGAACUUCAACAGUGACUCGGACUGAGAUCAAAUCAAUUCCUCUGUUUCAGUGUCCGUGUUGGGACACUUCCAUACACCUAUCCAGCACAUGCUGUGUGAGGUGGACGGACCAUAAUUCACAGACCCUGCUUUUAAGUAAGGGAUCCUGUUACUCACAAUCCUGUGUAUUUGUGCAUAUAGCAGAGAUUGGAUUGGGCACGUGCCAAGGUGUGCGAUGCUCUUUUUGGACGCUGAAAUCCUGAUGUGUAUCAACACUUUAGGGAUUGUUAUUCCAUAAUACUGGUGUUUAACAUUUUCCGCUUAAACAGUGUAUAUAUUUCUUUACGCCAUAUUUCAGGAAUAAAAUUCUUUUACAUAAA